UUCCGGUUAAUUAUAAGUGCGGGAACUGUUGUCAAAAGUAAACUUUGGACUUUGGCUAAGAAUUAAAUGAAACGAGCAUAAGUUAAAAAAUGAGACGGUUGUUGUUGAUAUCUAACUCAACUUUGCAUGGAAGUGGAUACCUAGAACACUGCAAAGAUGCGAUAAAAGAUUUUUUAUCAGACCAAGUGAAGACAGUGUUGUUUAUCCCAUAUGCCUUGCAUGAUCGUGACAACUAUGCCUCUAGUGCCAGAAAGGCUUACACAGAAAUGGGUUAUGGAUUGGAAAGCAUUCACGAAAAACCAAAUGCUGUUGAUGCAGUAAAGCAAGCAGAAGCCAUUUUCAUAGGAGGAGGUAACACCUUUCGACUGCUGAAAACUCUGUAUGAUGAGAAGGUCAUAGAAAUCAUCAGACAGCGUGUCUUGGAGGAAGGUGUCCCUUACAUUGGCUCCAGCGCUGGGACAAACGUGGCCACAGUGAGCAUCAACACCACCAACGACAUGCCCAUCGUGUUCCCACCCUCUUUCCAGGCCCUGGGGCUUGUGUCCUUCAACAUCAACCCUCACUACCAGGACCCGGACCCCAACAGCAAGCACAUGGGGGAGACAAGGGAACAGCGUAUCACUCAGUUCCAUGAAUACGAAGAUGCACCACCUGUUUUGGCUAUCAGAGAAGGAUGCAUCCUACAUGUUGAGGGUGACAAAGCGACGCUGUGUGGGAAAAAUGAUGCCAGAUUGUUUAUCAGAGGAAAAACUCCUGAGGAAUUUCAGCCAGGCGCAGAUAUGUCGUUUUUGUUGGAAUGGAAGAAGUCAUCAUAGAUUUGUUUUGUAAUUGGAACUGUGCUUUUAAUUGACACAUUCUCAUAUUCACUAAAAUAAAAUGUAUGUAUAACCGAAA